GGAUCUUAAAUGCAGCACCGUUUCCGGAUGUGACGGUAUGACGUAAGUGACGUCAGAUUCAAGAUGGCAGCGCUUGCGUCCUUGAUGCUCAAGUCCAGAACCGGGGUUCUGGUUCCGGCUCAGACCGCUCUCCUGGACCUGCUGAGGUUUGCCUCUAAGAAGGCUGGUGGCAGCAGUAAGAACGUCGGUGGAAAAAGCCCUGGGCGGAGAUAUGGAUUCAAGAAACAAGAUGGUAAUUUUGUCCAUGCGGGUAACAUCCUUGCGACACAGAGGCUGUUGAGGUAUCACCCAGGAGCACAUGUGGGGAUGGGAACCAACAACACGCUGUUUGCUCUGGAGAAUGGCUACAUCAAGUUCACUAAGGAGGUGUUUGUCCCUCCCCCACGCAGCGCAGAGGCCACCCAGGUCAUCACCAAGCUACCCAAAGGAGCCGUGCUCUACAAGACCUUCAUCAGCGUGCUGCCGGUCCCACAGGAGGGCAAGUUUAGACUGGUGGACAUGGUCUGAGGGGACUGGACUGGGUGCCCAGCUUUUCUUGAAGUUGUUCGGAUGAAGAAGGAUUUGUUUGAGUGACACUUUGACUGAUUUCUCGAGAGCAAAGUGAAUAUUAAAAUCAUCCCAAUAUAGUCCAGGAUAUUUGUGUAUAACCAUAAGUUGGUGAUAAUCAUUAUAUUGUUAACUGGGAUUCUGCAUGGUCACCCAGUACUCACCACUUUAAGGAACUAUGGUUCUGUUACCAUGAUAAUGAAUAUGUGCUGUAUUAAAGUUUUAUGUGCGAAAAUCU